UUUAGCCAGCGAGCUCGCAACCAACAGACUUUCUGAGGUGAUAUCAUAGGCCUUUGAGAGAAAUUGUUGAGGUAGGCCUACACAGAGUGUCUUUAUCUUUUACAAAUUUUGUGUCUUUUUUAAUGAAAGAGUGAGAAACUGACGGUAAUUUCAUCUAGCCAUCGAUUGUCGAGGAAUUUACCGCAAGGUCCAAGGAAAAGUGUUUGCAGCACCUGUGGUCAACCUUGUUCAGAAACAGAAGUUGCCAGAAAUACCUCUGGCAGCUAACGUACACUCAGACUCAUACACCGGACCUUUAUGGUAGCAUGCAGUCCCUUUAGAUUUGAAGGGUGAAAAGCACUCUUUCUGGGCAUCAAGGACUGUAGCCAUGGCAACGGACAAUGGUGCAGAUUUGCCUUGCCUCCCAGAUGAGAUCGUUCUGUACCAUGUUCUGCCGCUGCUCUCCAUCCGCGAAGUGAUUUCGUGUAAGCUGAUAUGCAAGAAAUGGCGCCGCCUCGUGACGAGCUACAUCAAGAGGCUAAGGGUUGUUGACCUGUCACCCUGGGAUUGCAUGGUGACGGAGGACCUCCUCCUAGGCAUUGUGAAAUACGCAUCCAGUGUGAGGGAGCUGAGAUUAGACGGCUGUUGGCGUGCCGUGAGGGAUGGAGCUGUUCUCACCAUUGCCAGUGUGUGUCACAAGCUAAGAGUCUUCACUGCCUAUAAAUGCGGGAACUUAACAGAUUUUGCUGUGGUAUCGAUGGCGGAGAAAUGCCCUGAUCUAGAGGAAGUAGACCUGAGCAGUUGCUACGGGAUAACGGAUGAAGCGCUUUGUGGUUUGGCAGACCACGCCAAGAACCUGAAGGAGCUACAUGUCAGCAGUGUGUAUGGUGUGACAGACUUUGGUGUCAGCCAGCUGGCCUUCAAGUGCCAUCACUUGCAGAGCCUCGAUGUGAGUUACUGCUACAGGGUCAGCAACUUUGGGCUACAGGGCUUCUUAGAUAAACAAGCAGGGCUCGCCUUGACUGAACUACGAAUAAAGGAUUGUGUCAAGGUCACACAACCCAUCAUAUUUAAACUUAUGCAAGCUGGUGUGGCAGUCAACAACAUGUUCUGAUCAUCCAGAGAAGUACUGUCCAUGUCUAACAUUGAAGCGAGCAGGCCUGAAGGGAUCCAGGUGGUUCCCUGAAGCCUAGUAGGGCGAGUACCAAGCGUGCCAUACAGGACCACAGCAUCACUGGUUGCCGGACUGUGGUGCACACUCCUCUUCGAAAUAUGGCCUAGCGACCCACAGCUUGACCCAAGUUGGUCUACAGGUGCAUUGUACAGAGAUUGGUGUCUAACCACAGUCACACGUCUUGCUGUGUGACUUGCAUGGAGACUCUAUGGAAGUAUUGCCCGUGUAUCUACAGCACUGGUUUUGAGUGAAAUAAAAUGCUAACUGAUAACCCUGAACAGUGUGAUAGUCAAGUACCUUUCCAUGAGUUAUACAACACUAGGGAUAGGGGAUAACCAGUGUAAUCAACCCCCCCCACACUUUUUAAGUCAUUUACUAUGCCGUCCCUUGGCUUACACCACUGACUUCAUGAUCUCACCCGGGAUGGAGGCCAUGCAUCCCCUCCACAAGAAGAAAUCUCCGCCCACAGUCCCGGGAUAUGGUCAAUGAAGAACAAGUUAACCAGCAAGUCCAAAUUAAGCAUGUUGUACACAGCCACUAAGCCAUGGUCAUCUCAAAUUCUUUUUUACAGAAGCACGUCAGUUCUUGUUCAGAAUAAGUACAAGGGACGGGUAAUUUUUUCACAAAAAUCACUUUUUCAAGACCAACUGUAACUCCAGAAAAUCUUUGUUAUUGAGAAGUGGUACCAAAUGUGUAAUAAUAUCUGUUUAUGUUUAUUUGUUUAUGAAAACAAGGCUACCACAUGGUGAAGAAAUAAUGGAAGAUUGGCUUUGAAGUCUGUUCCAUAAAACAUUUCAUAGUCUGGAAUUUCCUUUUCAGAAUUGUUGGCAGUAUAAUUGCAAGAUAAAUUGGUAUGCAUUUUAUCAGGUUUGAGACAUUCUUCCGAAGAGUGAAUUUUAACGAAAUUUUACGUCCUGGAGACAACUUUCUGUUGUAAGCUGAAUUUUUAUUUUUUUUUAUAAAUCAAAGAAAUAAUAACAGACGAGAAAAUGUA